AUGUUUUUGCGUAUCGUCGACAACGCCCGCGCCUUGCUGUCUCGCUCUCCCUCCGCCUCCUCCGCCUCCUCCGCUUCCUCCGCCUCCUCCGCCUUCCGCCCCUCCGCCCGCGAAGACGCCAUGGUCACCACCCGCCGCGGCGCCGACACCCAGAGUCCGCAGAUCGGCUCUGUGACCCGCUCCGCUCGCAAGAGGUUCAUUGACGACUCUGCUGCUUCGACUCCCACUCGGGACAACAAGAAGAGGAGGUCCAUCUCGACCGAGGACCAGGGCAGCCAGGAUUCAGCCCGGAGCACUCCAGACUCGGCCACCCCGGUGCGCCGCAGUGCUCGCGGCCACCCAAGCCAAGACUCUGUACCAGAAACGCCAACUGCAGAAGUAGCCGAGACGCCUAAGUCUACUCCGCAGGAUGACGAUUCCGUUUAUGGGACCCCGGUAGGAGACGACACUCCGUCCGUGUACGCGACCCCAGCCACGAACCUGCGCCCCGGCCUUCGUGGCGCUACUUGUCCUUGCCCUCCGCCGUCUGUGACACCCAAGCCCCGUACUCGCGCCCCUAGAUCAACACCUUCGAAGCCCUCCAAGUUAGCAUCUUCCCAGACCCUCGGAGACGAAGCCGAAGAAGCAACCCCAAAGGCGGCCACGAAGGACAAUGGACCUAAGCCGAACGAGACAGUUUCUGCUCCCUUGAGCACGCACAUCCGCUUCGGCAGCGAGGACCCACCCGUCGUUCCCGAACCCGCCUCUGAGCCUGCGAAGGAGCAAGUUCCAUCCUCGGCCGCCGAACAAGAGGGAGAAGAUAGCGACGAUGAGGCCCCCGAGGCCGUUACGGCCAGCAGUGCCCGCAAUCAGGCUCGCGCCGCUGAGGAGGAAGCUGCAAAGGCUGUUGAGAGGCAAGAAGCCGAAGCCAAGCGCAAGCGGCAAGAGCGUGAAACCCGCCUGCGUGAACAAGCUGCUGCAGCGAAGAAACGCAAACAAGAGCACGAGCCCAAGGAGAUCCCGGCCGACGUUGCCUCCAGCACCACCAUUCAGGCCUCGGACCCAUCGGUCCUUCUCAAGCACUCCAAGCCUGCUCACGACCUCCACAACCUCCCUGCUCUUCUUCCCGACGACCUCCUUGCCUCUGCACCGAGCGUUCGUCCGGCUACUCCGGAGUCCGAGGACAAGUCGACGCAAGCCGGUGCUACAGCCAGGAUAGAGAAGGUGAACAAGCACCUAAAGUUCUUGGAUGAGAAGCCGGUAAAGGAUGUUAAGAAGGGUCCAGUCAAGGUGCGAGUUUUGGAAAAGGGGAACAAGUUCUUGCCACCCAAGGCUUCGACAUCCGGAAGCCGCAGCGCGAGGGACACGUGGCUACAAGGCAGGAAGAAGAAGGAGAGCAAGAACGGUUCCUUCAGCGGUCUGGAGAGAAAGAAGGUGGGUGGUGGAUUCUUGAGGAAGUGA